GGAGCCCCACCUUCCGCCGGUGACGAGGGCGGCGCGCCACUGGCUAGGCUGCUCGGGCAGUUGGCGGCGCUGCGGCGGUGGCAGCGGGUGGCAGUUAGGGCGAGCAGGCUUCCCUCCCUCCCUUCCUCCCCUUCUCCCCUCCCCUGCCGGGCCCGUGCAGUCUCCCCGGAGCCGGGCUGGGCCGCGCCGGCACCAUGGAGCUGGAAGAUGGCGUGGUGUACCAGGAGGAGCCCGGCGGCUCCGGGGCCGUGAUGUCGGAGCGGGUGUCUGGCCUGGCGGGCUCCAUCUACCGCGAGUUCGAGCGCCUGAUCGGGCGCUACGAUGAGGAGGUGGUGAAGGAGCUGAUGCCGCUGGUUGUGGCGGUGCUCGAGAACCUGGACUCGGUGUUCGCGCAGGACCAGGAGCACCAGGUGGAGCUCGAGCUGUUGCGGGACGACAACGAGCAGCUCAUCACCCAGUACGAGCGCGAGAAGGCGCUGCGCAAGCACGCCGAGGAGAAAUUUAUUGAAUUUGAAGAUUCCCAAGAACAGGAAAAAAAGGACUUACAAACUCGAGUGGAAUCCUUAGAGUCCCAAACAAGACAACUUGAACUCAAAGCAAAAAACUAUGCUGACCAGAUUAGCAGACUAGAGGAGCGAGAAUCAGAGUUGAAGAAAGAAUAUAAUGCACUACAUCAAAGACACACAGAAAUGAUCCAUAAUUAUAUGGAACACUUAGAAAAAACAAAACUUCAUCAGCUAUCAGGGAGUGAUCAACUAGAAUCCACAACUCAUAGUAGAAUUAGAAAAGAACAACGCCCUAUAUCAUUAGGAAUCUUCCCACUGCCUGCAGGAGAUGGACUGCUUACCCCUGAUACUCAGAAAGGAGUUGAUACACCAGGAUCAGAACAUUGGAAAUUCCAAGAAUUAAGUCAACCCCGUUCUCAUACCAGCCUUAAGGAUGAACUUUCUGAUAUUAGCCAAGGAGGAUCAAAGGCUACUACUCCGGCAUCUACAGCUGCUUCAGAUGUUGCAACAAUUCCUACUGAUACUCCUUUGAAAGAGGACAAUGAAGGAUAUUUGAAGACUGCAGAUAAGUCAGAGGCAGGCAAGCAUAUUGAAGUACAGGUAGCUCAAGAUACUAGGAGUGUGUCAAUUGGCUCUAAGGAAAAUGAAGAUAAAUCAGAAGUACAAGCAAUCAUUGAAUCCACUCCUGAGUUGGAUAUGGAUAAAGAUCUCAGUGGAUAUAAAGGUUCAAGCACUCCUACCAAAGGUAUAGAGAACAAAGCUUUUGACAGAAAUACAGAAUCUCUCUUUGAAGAACUGUCUUCAGCUGGUUCUGGCUUGAUUGGAGAUGUAGAUGAAGGAGCAGAUUUACUGGGAAUGGGUCGUGAAGUUGAGAAUCUUAUUCUGGAAAACACACAACUCUUGGAAACCAAAAAUGCUUUGAAUGUAGUGAAGAAUGAUUUGAUAGCAAAAGUGGAUGAGUUGACCUGUGAGAAGGAUGUGCUUCAAGGGGAACUAGAAGCUGUGAAACAAGCCAAACUGAAGUUGGAGGAAAAGAACAAAGAAUUGGAAGAAGAACUUAGGAAAGCUCGAGCAGAAGCUGAAGAAGCAAGGCAAAAAGCAAAAGAUGAUGAUGAUAGUGACAUACCCACAGCUCAGAGAAAACGGUUUACUCGAGUAGAGAUGGCACGUGUCCUUAUGGAAAGAAACCAAUAUAAAGAAAGGUUGAUGGAACUUCAAGAAGCUGUACGAUGGACAGAGAUGAUAAGGGCAUCAAGAGAAAAUCCAGCCAUGCAAGAAAAAAAAAGGUCAAGCAUUUGGCAAUUUUUCAGCCGACUUUUUAGUUCCUCAAGUAAUACCUCCAAGAAGCCUGAACCGCCAGUUAAUCUAAAAUACAAUGCACCAACCUCCCAUGUUACCCCCUCUGUCAAGAAAAGAAGCAGCACUUUAUCUCAGCUACCUGGGGAUAAAUCAAAAGCUUUUGACUUCCUUAGUGAAGAAACUGAAGCCAGUUUAGCUUCCCGAAGGGAACAGAAGAGAGAACAGUACCGUCAGGUGAAGGCACAUGUUCAGAAGGAAGAUGGCAGAGUGCAAGCUUUUGGCUGGAGUUUGCCCCAGAAGUAUAAACAGGUAGCAAAUGGUCAGGGUGAAAAUAAGAUGAAAAAUUUACCUGUUCCUGUUUAUCUCAGACCCUUAGAUGAAAAGGAUGCAUCGAUGAAGCUGUGGUGUGCCGUUGGUGUCAACUUAUCUGGUGGGAAGACAAGAGAUGGAGGCUCUGUGGUUGGAGCCAGUGUGUUUUAUAAUGAUGUGACAACUCUGGACACAGAAGACAACAAGCAACGAAGCGCCUCCCAGAGCAGCUUGGACCGCUUAGACCAGGAACUCAAGGAACAGCAGAAAGAAUUAAAACAUCAAGAAGAAUUAUCCAGUCUUGUCUGGAUCUGCACCAGCACUCACUCAGCCUCCAAAGUUCUUGUUGUUGAUGCUAAUCAGCCAGGCAACAUUCUUGAUAGUUUCACCGUUUGCAACUCCCACGUUCUUUGCAUUGCAAGUGUCCCAGGGGCACGAGAAACAGACUACCCUGUAGGAGAAGAGACUACAGAAUCUAGUCAAGUGGACAAAGCCUCUUUGUGUGGAAGUAUGACUAGCAACAGUUCAACAGAAACAGAUAGUUUGUUGGGCGGUAUCACCGUGGUUGGCUGUACUGCAGAAGGUGUUAUAGGACAAGCUGCUUCACCCAAUACCAAUGGUUCUUCCCCUGUGAUAGAAAAGCCACCAGAAACAGAAGCAGAAAAUAAUGAGGCAGAUGAAACCAUUCCCACAGCAGAAGAAGCAACUGAAGCAACUGAAGGCAAUGCAGGAUCAGGGGAAGAUAUUGUGGAUCUCACCCAGCCUGGAGUCUACACGGAACAUGUCUUUACAGAUCCCUUGGGGGUGCAGAAUACUGAAGAAGGAUCUCCUGUAUAUCACUCAAGUAAUGAAUCGGAUGUAUACAAAGAUCAAAUAACCGUAUUGCCAAGUGAACAGGACCUGGUACGAGAAGAAGCUCAGAAAAUGAGUAGCCUUUUACCAACCAUGUGGCUUGGAGCACAGAACGGAUGUUUAUAUGUCCAUUCUUCAGUUGCCCAGUGGAGGAAAUGUCUCCAUUCCAUUAAACUUAAAGAUUCGAUUCUCAGUAUUGUACAUGUAAAAGGAAUUGUAUUGGUUGCACUAGCUGAUGGAACACUAGCAAUUUUUCACAGAGGAGUUGAUGGUCAGUGGGAUUUGUCAAACUAUCACCUUUUGGACCUAGGACGGCCUCACCAUUCCAUCCGAUGCAUGACUGUGGUACACGAUAAAGUCUGGUGUGGCUAUAGGAAUAAAAUCUAUGUGGUUCAACCAAAGGCCAUGAAAAUAGAGAAAUCAUUUGAUGCCCACCCAAGGAAAGAGAGCCAAGUGAGACAACUGGCCUGGGUUGGUGAUGGGGUGUGGGUCUCAAUUCGUUUGGAUUCGACCCUCCGCCUCUAUCAUGCACAUACAUAUCAGCAUCUACAGGAUGUGGACAUUGAACCUUAUGUAAGCAAAAUGUUAGGUACUGGAAAAUUGGGCUUCUCUUUUGUGAGAAUCACCGCUCUUAUGGUAUCUUGUAAUCGUUUAUGGGUGGGGACAGGAAAUGGUGUCAUUAUCUCCAUCCCACUAACAGAAACUGUAAUCCUCCACCAGGGACGUUUACUGGGGCUGAGGGCAAAUAAAACCUCAGUAGGACCUGGAAACCGUCCUGGAAGUGUAAUUCGUGUGUAUGGUGAUGAAAAUAGUGAUAAAGUAACUCCAGGAACAUUUAUACCAUACUGCUCUAUGGCUCAUGCCCAACUCUGUUUCCAUGGGCACAGGGAUGCAGUCAAAUUCUUUGUUGCAGUACCAGGUCAAGUGGUCAGCCCACCAAGUGGUGGUAGUGGCACAGAACUAGCAGGUGACAAGCCAGGACCACCUACACAGGAAUCCAUCCAGAAUACUUUGAAAUCAAUGCUUGUGAUUAGUGGAGGCGAGGGAUAUAUUGAUUUCAGAAUGGGUGAUGAAGGUGGGGACUCAGAACUCCUGGGAGACACCCUCCCACUUGAACCCUCUGUGGCCAAAGCUGAAAGAAGUCACUUGAUUGUGUGGCAAGUGAUGCAUGGCAAUGAAUGAAUGCAGCAGGAACAGCUGGGGAGGAGAGAAGUCUCUUCUGCAUGGUUCCCCCCAUUCCCUACCCCUUUAUUUAAUGCUCUUUGUGGAAUCAGUUUCACUACAUAAUGUUUGAGCAUUUUUCCUGUUAACUUUCUAUUACCAAAUCUGUCCUACCAUAACAAUACAGGAACUAGCUGUUUUACUGCACCAGUGUUAUAGGCAACUUCAGUGUAUUAUGAACAAAUCAAAGAAUGUUUACUUUCUUGAAACUGGUGAACUAUAGUAAGCAAUCCAAAUGUGGUUUACCGUACCACUGUCUAACAUAAUUCACUUCUUUUGAUGGAAUCACUUUUUAGCUGUCUCUAAUAAUGGAGUUAAUGGAAAACACUUGAUAAAUUAAACUGUACUAUUAAGCAAAAUAGCAAAGUUUUCUCCCCCUGUGUAUUAUAAAACUGACAAAAACUAAUAUCAGGUGGAAUCAUCUGGAUUUAUCUAAAUGUCCUUGGAGGGCAAAAAAGCAAACUGUAAAUUACUUUAACUUUAAUUUUCAAAUCUGACAAAUCUUGUUUAUAUAGUAUAUAAAACUUUGUCGUUUCCAUCAGAUUUUAGGGGGAUGGGGUUUGUAUUAAAGAAAUUAAGACUAUGUUAUUUAAAUAAAAGUUUCAUGUUUCUGACUUCUUAGAGCUCUAAAAUUUAUGAGGACUGUUGCUCUGAAUGUUCUAAAUUGUUUAGAGAACAGUCUCUCCCACUUUCAUACUGAUAAGUCUUGAAGGUGUUACUAAUAAGACUUAAAAAAGACAUUCUUCAGCACUGAGAUGAUUUUAAAAAGGAAAAUUGUUUUGUAUUCCUUGUACAGGGGAUGGUGGGGCAUUUUUUUUGUUGGCUUUCUUAAUUGUUUUGUCAUCCCAUGUAAAAAUUUGCCUCUUUCCUAUUUGUUUCUGAAGAGGUCUUGCUGUUAAUAAGAUAAAACCUUUAAUGGUAGAGGAGUAGAUCCUAACCAAGUGAGAGAUCUGAUUAGAGAAAGUAUUUUCUAUUAUAUGUGUAAAACUAUAGAACAGCUAGCACUUGGCACUCUAGAUGUAAAUAACACAAGUUUUUGCACCAUGUGGAAAUGAAAAAAGGCCAUGGUUAAUGAGGAAAGAUUGCAUGAGGGAAACCAAGCCAAUAUGUAUUACUACUAUAAGAUUGAUUCUACAUCUCUUCAUUCACUGUGGUCAUCCCUCUUUCUUCUGUUUCAACCAGAUUAAAGAUUCUGGUUUUAACACCAAUAUUUCUCACUUGAUUGGUUUUUAAAACCAUAAUGCUGCAAUAAUGAUUCUCACCUUAACUUUUUUAAAGUGUAUAAUCUAUAGUUACUUUUCCUUCUCUGUUAUUUUAAGCAGAGAUAAAUUAAGCGAUAAUUUUUUAAAAUGUAAACUUAUAGUAUAGAUGUUCCAAAUUCUAGUAACUGCUUCAAAAAAGGGAAAAGCAGAAGAAUGUAUGAAACUACCUAAGCAUUCUGAGCAGACAGGAUUGUUUGUUUGUUUGUUUGCUAGAAGUUUCUGAAAGCUACAGAGAGAGCUAUGUCUGCCCAUGACUUGUUGCACCAAAAUGCUUAGGGUAAGUUGUUUCUUAAUAGCCUGCAGGGGUAUUUAGAAACCAUUUCCUUCUAGAUAUAUAAGCAGCACAGAGUCUGUACAGUAAAACUACCACACAGUUGCUUAGGAAGAAGGACUAUUUUAGUAAAAGUUGCAUUUUCAAAAGUAGUCAAUUUCUGAGUUUUCAGGUCACUUUUUUCUUUCCAGAUCACCAAAACUGAGGCCAUUCUUUCACAAGUUAUUUGAUAUGUUUUUGGUUUUGAAAAUGAAAGCUACUUGUGAAUUGUUGUGGUACUUUAUACAAAAUGUUAUUCAAUGUUAUGGCCUUGUACAGAUAUAUGAGACAUGCUUGAAUCCUAGAGUUUCACUCCAUCCACUGAUGAUCAAGCAGUAAUAGGUUUGCAUGACAGAAUCAAGUUCAGGAAAUCAGGGUUUAAAGAGAAAUUUUGGGGCAGGGGAGGGGAACACUAAUGAUGGAAAAGGCAGAUGCAAUUACUCCUUUUUUAUGUUGUAGGCUUUAGCAAAAGAAAUGCAGGCAUCCUACACUUUAUCCAAAGCAUUUAGCUGCUAAAUUUUCUUCGGUAUUAGUGGUGGGAAGGUUGGAGAGAGGGCUCUGAGAUUUUCUAUUGGAUUUUUAAAUCAUUCAGAUACUUUGCUGCUUUGGCCCCAGUGAUGGCUUGUUUUCUAUAAUGAUACCCUGGUGUAUUGACAGCCUUCUGGAAAGAGCUGCCAGGACAAAUAAUUCUAGCAUGGAACAAAAAGGGGGAAAACAGUACCUGUAAAAUUGCCACAUGGGGUACAGUAAAACAGGGGAUUUAUUAACUUGUGUGGUUUUGUUUGUUUGUUUUAAUGACAGCAACAACAGCUACAAAAACUCUGUUGAAAGAAGUGAGGGAUGAUUGAGAAUUCUCCAUUUGUUACAACAGGGUUCCCAUACUUGCCUCUUCAUGGCAUCAUGAAUAUAUGGUCCCCAUGUGACAGGGAGAAUCUGUCUGCUCUAGGAAUUCUGCAAUUUUAAGAGUAUGUUGAUGAAUAUCAGUCUCAUGUGGAUUAAAUUUCAUGGAAAGAGGAGUGAAUCUCUUGGUAGCUGCAGCUUUUUGAUGGUGUGAAAACAUUUGGAGCACAAAAUAUGCAGCAUGUAACUUAUCAGAAUGAAUAUGUUUGCAUGGUCACAGUGAAAAUGAAUUCUCAAAGCUGCUAUUCUUCUUCUUCUUCUUCUUCUUCUUCUUCUUCUUCUUCUUCUUCUUCUUCUUUUUCUGGUAAAGGUCUUCCUGCAUUUGAACAGAUAAGAGUUGGCAGAGAGUAGACACUUUAACAUAGGCUGCCUUAGCAACAAAACAAAAAAUUCUUGAUUUAUUUUACUAACUGUUCUAAAGAGCCUCAUCUUUCAAAUGGUAUGUAACUGAAUAUUUAUUUCCCUGUGAGUAUUAUGAAAGUUACCAAAGGAUUCAACCUUAUUUAGGAUUCUUCUUGAUGGACCCCAUUGAGAUAGGGACAGGUUGAGUCCCUGGUCUACAACUUGGGACAAAUAGAAGAAAACUUAAGUGUAGUUCCGUGGAAAUGGGAACGUGUUUCCACAGAGAUAUGCCUCCCACCCCUGUCACCACUGGUGCUGCCCCUCAGAACAUUUUCUAUACGUUAAAUGUCUUUUCUUUCUCAACAAAACUGUUUCCUUUGUUAAUUCAGUUGCGUAUUUCUUAAAUCUCGUAAACAUAUUCUAAACAUUUUAUGGUCUAAUUUUUUUUUUUUAAGUUUUGUCCUAGACAUCUUAUGCUGAGUUCUCCUUGCCUCUGUAACCUGACAUGUGCUACUACCGUACAGCGAUCCACUGGCUGUCCCAUUUGAGGUUGAGGCUUUGUUUCUAUGAGCAAACAGCUCAUCUAGUAAUGUAGUUAUUUCAGUAUUUAUUUCUAUUAUUGAAUCCUUGGGGUUCAGAAUGUAACUUUGUACAUGAAAUAUAUAUAAAUAUGUAUAUGAAACAUG